CAAGCAGCAAGGAACACAAGAAGUCAAGAAGCAAGAUCAUGUCAACAAGGAAGUAUGCAUCAGGUAGUGAAAAAAGGAAAAAGAGGAAGCGAGUAGAUGAAUUGAUAGAAUCGCAAAGAGGAGCUAUGGACAGAUUUUUUUCAAACAGAACAAGUACAGGCACGUCCAGAAACCCAGAUGAGUUGGCGCUUAUUGUUGUGGAGGAGCAAGCUAAUCCUAAUUUAGAAGAUGAGGUCCCGAUGCAGGAUAAUGAUGACAACUAUGUAAGUGAUCAUGACCAGCCUGCUACAGAACCUGCUAGUAGUCAUGAACAAUUUGUUUAUACCACGGAUAUUUAUGAUCCAAGAAAUUGGAAUAGUCUUGAUAACAAAGCUAGAGACAUAUUAGUGGAGAAGGGUCCUAUUAGAGAAGAAAAUAUUGUGUUCCCCAAGGAUGGCAACGCAAGACAUUUUUCAUAUGCCCACUACUCUAGGAAAAUGAAAAAUGGAGAGGUGCGUGACAGAAAAUGUUGCAAAAGUUCUUUGGCACAUGAUGGGUUUGGAGAUUGGAAGCAUAUCAUUGACAGACUGAAAGAUCAUGAAACUAGUGUGGAGCAUAUCACCAAUAUGAAUACUUGGAAUGAACUGAGAGCUAAAAUGGGCAAAGAUGAAACAAUUGACAAAGAGAUACAAAAAGAAAUCAAGAGGGAGCAAGAACGCAUAAGGCAAGUUUUAUUAAGACUAGUUGCCAUUGUGAAGUUUCUUGGUAAACGCAGCUUGGCUUUUAGAGGAUCUAAUGAGCAGCUUUAUAAUGAUCAAAAUGGUAAUUUCUAUGCUUGUGUUGAGAUGAUUGCAGAAUUUGAUCCUGUCAUGCAGGACCACCUUAGACGUAUUCAAAACAAAGAGACUCGUUAUCAUUAUUUGAGUCAUAAAAUUCAAGAUGAGCUGAUUUAUCUUAUGACUUCUAGCAUUACGGACUCUAUCAUAAAGGUUGUUAAAGAUGCCAAAUAUUUCUCUAUUAUCCUUGAUUGUACCCCAGAUGUGAGUCAUCAAGAGCAAAUGACUUUAUUGGUUCGAUGUGUUGAGAUGUGUGAUGACAAAAUAAAAAUUCAAGAGUACUUUUUGGGUUUCAUGAAGGUGGAUGACACAUCUGGUUUAGGGCUGUUUAAAGUAUUGGUUGAUUCCAUCAAGCUCUUUGGUCUUGAUAUUGAUGAUAUUAGGGGUGGUCAAGGAUAUGACCUAUGCGGCACGGAUACGGAUACGCGUUUAACAGUGAAAUCAUUAUCCAAUACUCGUUGGGAGAGCAGGAUAAAAAGUGUUCAAGCAAUUAGAUAUCAAGCACCUCAGCUCAGGUCAGCUUUGUCUCAGUUACAACAAGCUAGUGAUAUAGAACUAAGUGAUAAGACUGAUGCAAACAACUUAUUGAAGGCUCUUGGUAGCUUUGAGUUUAUACUUGGCAUGGUUAUAUGGUAUGACAUUUUAUUUGCUGUAAAUACUGAAUGA